AUGAGCGAAAGAAAAAGGUUCAUCAGUGAGGAUAACGAGGUCCAGGCGUACGCCAAGAUUGCGGGCAGAGACUGGACCUUCUAUGUGAAAUCCCUGAAAGUGCUCAUAGGCCGCAACACAGACUCGCACGCCACGGACCGGCCCGAGGACAAGGUCGACAUCGACCUGGGGCCGUCGAAGGUGGUUUCGCGAAAACACGCGUCGAUCGCGUACAAUCUGGAGGAGAGACGCUGGGAGCUCGUGAUUCUAGGGCGCAACGGGCUCAAGAUCGACGCCCAGCGCAUCAACUCCACGUCGAACGGCGCGGGUCCCAUCUUCCUCAACUCGGGAAACAUCAUCGACAUCGGCGGCACCCAGAUGAUGUUCAUUCUGCCCGACGCCGUGCCCGUGAUCUCCAACUACUUCCUCUCCAACCUCAAGAACAAGCGGCCCAAGUCGGACGUUUUCAGCAACUCCAGUGCGUCGCUCUACUCCACCGACGUGUACGCCAACAACAACGUCAAGGGCUUCCAAAUAUACGAGAAAUCGCCUGCGCACAACGACCUCUCGUCGCCCGGCCACACCAUCAAGGGCUCCGAGCAGGACUACUCCAAAGACGACGCCAAAGACCUCAAGCCGCCGUACUCGUACGCCACCAUGAUCACGCAGGCGAUCCUGUCCAACCCGCAGGGCAUUCUGUCGCUCUCGGAGAUCUACGACUGGAUAGCGAGCCAUUACGCUUACUACAGGCACAGCAAGCAAGGGUGGCAGAACUCCAUCAGACACAAUCUGUCGCUCAACAAGGCGUUUGAGAAAGUGCCUAGAAAGCCCAACGAGCCGGGCAAGGGCAUGAAGUGGCAGAUCAGCGAGAGCUACAGGAAAGAGUUUCUCAAGAAAUGGGAGGAAGGAACUCUCAACAAGGUGAAACGGGGAAGCAGCGUUUCCAGACAGCUCCAGAUGCAUCUCAUCAAAAACAGAGGCCUGCCCGACUCCGGCCGCUCGGCCAUGCCGGCCACCAACCCGACCGCAGACUUCAACAUGUACAAACGGCCCGACCAGCCGUAUUACGAGUCGAAGCUGGCGUCUGCCGCGCCGCUGCAGCCCGAGCCCCACGAGGCCCUGAACUACAUCACCGCGGCGGCAAGCUUGUCCAACAGCAGUCUUCCCUCGGGCAGCACUCCAGGCUCCACGUCGGGCGCGGCGACCGCCCCUAAUUCGCUGCCCAAGCCGGAACUCUCGUCGCCCAUCAAGCAGCUGGGUGUUUCCGAGUACAGGCCCAACUUCAACGGGUCGAUGCCGCCUCUGGCCGGCAGAACAGCGUCGCAGGAAACGCCCGGCUCUGCGAUCAAGCCUCCUGCCACCAACGCAUCUGCCUCGUCGGGCAAUGCGCUGUUCCCGCCAGCAAGUCCGAAAAAAUACCAGGUUAGCGCGCUCGAGGCUUACACGCCCGACAGGGGCACGUCGCGCCACCAGCUGGACCCGCCCUCGUCGUCGCAAUCGCACCCGUCGGUCAACUCGUCGCCGGCGCUGUGGAACUACGUGCAAUUUUCCACCCCGCUGGGCGGCCCCUCGUCGAACGGCAACCAGCAACAAAACAGCAUGCAGUCAGGCACCACGAACAACCGGUCGCCGGCCAAAAUCGAACUGGAAAGCCCCCUGCGAGACAGAAAGGCCGAUUCGCAGGUCGGCGACCUCAAGGAUGUGGAUCUCGUGAAAGGAUUUAAGCAAUAG